UUAUGAUUAAAUUUUGUAAGUUACAAAAAUUUUGAUUCCCAUUCGAUGGUUUGUGAGAACAGAGUCGGAUUUCGGUAGAAGAGGUCUGUUAAUUUGAUCGGAAGCAUUCCCUUCCAAUUUGAGAACCAUGUUGUUCCAGGUUGGAGGUCAAGGGACUCGUCCCACUUUCUUCGAAAUGGCCGCUGCUCAGCAGCUCCCUGCCAGUCUUCGUGCCGCUCUCACUUACUCUAUCGGCGUCUUAGCUCUAAGAAGACCAUUCUUUCACAAGGUGUUAGACUAUGAAGAUGAGUUCUUUUCUUUGCUAAUGCUAGUUCUCGAAACGCAUAGCUUACGAACUACAGAUGCUUCUUUUUCUGAAUCCUUAUAUGGCUUAAGAAGAAGAGCUGUAAAUGUACAAGUAAAGAAGGAAGAUGCUCGUUCAGUCUCUGGUGAUGGUAUUCAACAUAGAGGAUUAGAAAAACAUCAAAAAGUUCUUUCUGUUGCUUUCUUGGUUGUAUUGCCUUAUUUCAAAUCAAAGUUGCACUCAAUUUACAAUAAAGAAAGGGAAGUCAGGCUUCAAGCAAGUUUAUGGGGUGAUGAUAAUGAGGGGUUUAAUGAUGCUGAAAUUUAUGAAGUAAGAGGUGACAAUGUUGUUCCUACUAGAACUUUGGGAGUUGAAACAUCGGUAAGAGCACGGGUGAUGAAGAAAUUUCAGAAAAUUGUUGGUUCUUGUUACCCUUGGCUUCAUGCAAGUAGUGAAGGUCUAUCGUUUGCUUACCAACUGUUAUAUUUGUUGGAUGCUACUGGAUUCUAUUCACUGGGACUGCAGGUCAUUGGAGUUCAUGUCUGUCGGGCUACAGGACAAGAGCUGAUGGACACAUCAUCUAGAAUUUCAAAGAUACGAAGCCAUGAACGUGAGCGACUACGUGGCCCUCCUUGGUUGAAGGCAAUACAAGGAGGCCUCCUUACUUGUUUGUACACGAUGCUAGAUUAUGCACAGACCGGAUUGAUUGCAGCCGUAUUUUUCUUCAAAAUGAUGGAGUGGUGGUACCAAUCUGCUGAGGAACGAAUGUCUGCACCAACUGUAUACCCCCCACCACCUCCUCCUCCACCUCCAAAGGUAGCCAAGGAAGGGAUUCCACUGCCGCCCAACAGAACAAUUUGCCCUUUGUGCUCAGAUAAACGAGCAAAUCCAUCAGUUGUCACUGUCUCUGGCUUUGUCUUUUGUUACACUUGCAUCUUCAAGUAUAUUUCACAAUACAAGCGCUGCCCAAUCACAUUAAUGCCUGCAAAUGUCGAUCACGUUAGGAGGCUCUUUCAUGAUAUGUGAAGAACUUGAGGGACACAAUCAUGCAAAGGAUUUAGUGGACUUGCGAUUGUUCAUUAUGUAGUUUAUAAUCACAGUUAUUGGUAACAUUAUGGUGUUUAGGAUUAUAAUAUAUCCAAGGUUUCAAAUUUUUAGAAAUAUCAAUAAAUAUAUGAUAGAUGGGUAUUCUAAAUAGAGAUUAUUUUAAAAAGUAAAAUCAUUGGAAAUAUUUUCACAUAUGGAAAAAGGAAACAUAUGAGAAACAACAAUUUGCAGUUUGUACGGAUAAUCACAUACUUCUUCUAUUUCUAUUUCUCUUCCAUCUAAUUUCAAAUUUAGAAAGCAUGCUACACA